CCUCCUGCUCAUUGCUAGUUUUCUUACUAGAUUUUAUAACUGAGUAAAAUGGCGCUGUUCGUGAGGUCUUUGCGAUCUGCUUUAAAUGCCGGUGUGAGAAUUGGCCAAAAAUCAUGGCCUCAGCCAUUAGUUUUAGGUCUGCAAAAACAAAUCGCCAAUUAUUCUGUUACCUCCCAUCAAGCUCCUAGUCUCUUUGUGAACAAGGUCGCCAUUAACACCAAAAGGAGGUUCAGUGAUAAACCUCCCUUGUCCCUGACUAUUAUCCGAGACAGGGUAUUGCUUGUUUUGAAACUUUACGACAAAAUUGAUGUUACAAAGUUGACAGUGGAAUCCCACUUUAUGAAUGACUUGGGGCUUGAUUCAUUAGACCAUGUAGAAGUUAUAAUGGCCAUGGAAGAUGAGUUUGGCUUUGAAAUCCCAGAUGGUGAUGCAGAGAAAUUGUUGAGACCAGCAGAUAUCAUAAGGUAUAUUGGAGAUAAGGAAGAAGUGUAUGAAUGAAAAACAGUAACAAGCAUAUAGAUUAUGAGAAGUGUAGAGGAAAAAGAAAUACAUUUGAAAUGUUCUGUAAA